CAAGUGUUUUGAUCUCAAGGUGAGUACAGUUCCAGUAGCUAGAUCGGUUGGUUUGCCGGGCCCUCCCUUUGCAGCUGCAGCUGCUAAGGCACGGGAUGAUGAAUCCCAUGCAGCAGCAGCAAAUGAUGCAGCAAAUGAUGAUGAUGGGCGGCAGCAUGCCUGCCAAUGCAGCACCGUCAGCAAAUGACCAAAACAAAAAUGCACCGCCAGGAGUGAAGAAAAAGAAAGAGGAUGACAAGAGCAACAUCGUUUUUGUGGGUGGAUUGCGAAAGAGCACAACGGAGGAUAAAGUUGCCGGUCACUUCUCCAAAUUUGGGCAAGUGGAUAGCGUCGACAUCAAAAGGCUGCCAGAUGGCACUUCGCGAGGAUUUGCCUUUGUCAAGUUUGUCGAGGUCGAGUCAAUCCCCAAGGUUCUAGAAGCGCAGUCCAGCCACAUGAUUGACAACAAAUGGGUGGCAGUCAAGCCGCAUGGUGGAACUGCCUUUACCGAAGACAAAAACCGGGAAAGAGCAAAGGAGGCAGCGGAACUGGCAAGGCAAAGGCAAAAGAAGGACGAUUCUAGAGUCGAGUCUGCUGAAGAUUAUGAUGAAAAAUGGUCCGAAAAUUAUCUUCAGGCGGCAGCCAAUAUGAGUGCUAACAGCGAUGACAAGCCUGGUGAUUCUCAGGCUAAUCCGAUGGCAGCCAUGGGGGCAAUGAUGCAGAUGAUGGGAAUGAUGCAAAUGAUGGGCGGCAUGCCCGGCAUGUGUGGUGGUUGUGGAGGGUGUGGCGGCGGAUGUGGCAGCGGCUGCGGUGGCGGCUGUCCAGGCUGUCCAGGCUGUGCUGGCUGCCCUGGUUGUGGGUGCGGGGGCUGUGGCUGCUGCGGCAUGAUGAAUCCCAUGAUGAUGGGAUGCGGGUGUCCCGGCGGCAAAGGCUGCGGGUGUGGCUGCGGCUGCUGUCCAGGAUGCUGCGGUUGCGGCUGUGGCUGCGGCGGAUGUCCAGCUGGUGGUGAUGGCGGCAAUUGCGGCCCGACUAGCUCAUCCGCUCCGAGCCUGCCGAAUGCAGAGGAAGGAGGCACAAGCGGUGGCCCCAUAAAGGAAGAUAACAGCACCUCAGAGCGCCCCCAGCCAUACUGAAGGGUGUCUCUUCUGAGCGGAAAAAAUGCGCCCACACGCCGGCAAG